CGUUAAACCAAAACCAAAAGACAAAAUAAAAUGCGUCACUGUUUGAAAACCCAGGUCCCGCAAUGCAUUGCGUCGUCACCCGCCAGGAAUAAACAAGCGUCACUCGCGCGUCCGUUGCCAUGGAGAGCACGCGCUCACGCACACGCACACGCACACGCACACGGAAAGGUGUGAGCGCAAGCGUCGCUAUCAGCGGGCAGCAGACAACGAGCAGGAAACAAGGCAACGCCUGUGAGUUCCAAAUAUUUGCAACUUGUUGAAUGACUGGCCGAGCUGUCAAACGCAAACGAAUGAUUCUUUAUGCUCCUCUGCUGAAUUUAGAAGCACAAUUCUUUGGUUCAAUGACUCCGGGUGGAGGUUUUUGCUUUCAUCCGCAACCUAUCGCACGAGAGCAAAAUGUGUUUUUUAACGCUCCAUUGGCAAUAGUUUAUUUUGCAUGAAGGUUUCCAGUACAAUUGACCUCGAUUAGCAACCUAAUGUCAUGUAACGCGGGCAGAUCUUAAUUCCCUUGAAAUCCUCCUAACGACAGGUUGCCAUAUGUGAGGGCGGAGUGCAGGCCAGCUGUCCACCGGCUGCACCUGGGCUCCAACAUUUUAAAGGGUAGGAAAAAAGGCAACCAAAAAACCUCCAGAAUUUCUCAUUCACCCAAUAAUGUUUCUCCAGUUGCUAUCGGACGCCAAGGGCGACAGUCUAUUGAUAGGAAACUAAAUUAGUUUGACUGGUUUAGCAGCCAGUAGGAGUAAUGGGGCACACUAAAGACAAAAGCAAAUAAUACUACGAGUUGGAGUUGGCGAAGGUGUAAUCUUUCACGACGAAAAGAAAUAUGAAUAUGAGGGUAGUCGUGAUUGUGUGAGUAAUAAAGUCGAUAUCACGGAUGAAUCGAUCCAAUGCUACAGUUUGCGAAUGUUUGAACGUCUCCGGAGAAAGAAGUGCACGUACUGAUAUUGGCCUUUUUAUUGGGCUAAUUUGUAUUGGAAAAAUGUCAUCUCAGAGCCUCGUUAACAGUCGUUUCUAGAGAAAGACGGCAGCUGUUGGAUUUCGACUCAUCAAAACUGCGACCUGUUUCACCAAACCCUAUUUGCUACUCCAUGCUUUUUUGUUCUUUCUUGUCGUAGUGUUUGUCUGUUUCUCUUCCAUCUUGUAAGAACUACUUCUUUCUUUCCAGCGUGGCCCCGAUAGUUUGUAACGUACAAUACUUUCUUAACUAAAGAAAGUUUAUAUGUUGGGACAAAGUAGGCUUUCUCACUUACAGCUUGCCUGAUCCGCUGAGAGCCGGCAACGUCGGCUGUGCAUUUCCCGAACCAUUGUCACCGGGACACAGACAAGAGACGGCAUUUGCUACUUUGUCAAUUAUAUUCUGUAAUAUUUGAUGAUAAAUGUAUGCCUGUACAAAGCGUGUAGGCUUGCUGCGGUGACCCGUAUCAAGCAUCCCUCCGAGAUGACUUUUGAAUCACAGCGCUUUGCUCUGCCUCGUCGAAACAACUUCCCUGGAAAGGUGCAGAUGAACUCUCCUGGAAGAAGAGAGGAGACGUUUCAACCCUUUGAUCUACGAGCGGAGAUGACUUUUGCUAAGCUGAUGAAACCAUUGUGAGACACGAUGAACCGCUACACGACCCUGAAGCAGCUGGGUGACGGCACUUACGGCAGCGUGCUGAUGGGGAGAAGCAACGAAUCCGGAGAACUCGUUGCUAUUAAGAGAAUGAAGAGGAAGUUUUAUUCAUGGGACGAAUGCAUGAACCUAAGAGAGGUGAAGUCGCUGAAGAAGCUGAACCAUGCGAAUGUUGUGAAGUUGAAGGAAGUUAUCAGGGAGAACGAUCACCUGUACUUUGUAUUUGAAUACAUGAAGGAGAACCUCUAUCAGCUCAUGAAAGACAGAGAAAAUAAGAUGUUCUCAGAGAAUGAACUUAGGAACAUCAUGUUUCAAGUGUUAGCUGGCUUGGCUUUUGUACAUAAGCAUGGUUUCUUCCACCGAGACAUGAAGCCAGAAAACCUCUUGUGCACGGGCCCAGAACUGGUCAAAAUAGCAGAUUUUGGACUGGCUCGGGAGAUCCGCUCCAAACCUCCCUAUACUGAUUAUGUGUCGACAAGAUGGUACCGAGCGCCAGAGGUUCUGCUCAGGUCAUCUACUUACAGCUCUCCUAUUGACCUGUGGGCUGUGGGAUGCAUCAUGGCAGAACUCUAUACACUCAGGCCUCUUUUCCCUGGGAACAGCGAAGUGGAUGAAAUUUUUAAGAUCUGCCAAGUCCUAGGCACGGUCAAGAAGCUGGAUUGGCCAGAGGGCUACCAACUGGCUUCAGCCAUGAACUUUCGAUUCCCUCAAUGUGUGCCGACCCCCCUGAAGACGCUCAUUCCCAAUGCCAGCAGAGAGGCGAUUACGCUGAUGAAGGACCUGCUGCAGUGGGAUCCCAAAAAAAGACCCACUGCUGUACAGGCCCUGCGUUACCCAUACUUCCAGGUCGGACAGGUCUUGGGUCCUCGUCCUCACAGCCAAGAAGCCAAGAAGGCGCAGGCCCGACAUAUAAUACAGAAGCAGGUCUCAGAUUCUAACGUGGACCCCAAACAGUCCUCUUCGGAAGCCAAGACCUCUAAAUCUCCCCAAGGCACCCAUCAGCAUCAACCUGUGCAGCAAAUGAUCCUGCCUCAAGCUGCACGUAAACCAGGUGGCAUCAACCAAGUAAAAGAAGCAUCAAUGGGCAAUGAAAACAAAAUUGGUCUAGGCGGACCGGGCGUGGUGAAGAAUGGAAGACGCCGCUGGGGCCAAACUGCAGCAACGACCCCAGAGAGCUGGGAGGAUUCUGAUCAGUCAGACACGGCUGCUUCUCACUUCAAGAAACCUAGUUUGGGGAACUCGGAUGAGGAGAGGAACUCAAAGAAACUUCGGCCACAGGCCACGGAGCAUAAACCUCUGUAUUCCUUCAGGACUAUAACGAAACUACCGAACAAUGUUCAGGUUGGUCCAGUGGACCCCAAUCUCCCAGGAUCUGCAGCACGCCAGCAUUAUCUCAGCCACUCGAGAUACCUGCCUGGUUUGAUCGGCAAGACUCGGGCAACGUCAGGAGAAAAGGUCUUGAGUGGUAUGACGUUACGGGACUUGUGGGAGAACUCCUCGUACGCUGUAAACAAGCCACUUGUUCCCAUUGGAGCGGCAUUAUCUGUCAACAGAGCCAACUCGGGGAAUUUUGUGAGCACCAAGUAUAACCUGUCCAAGGGCUACAUCCCUUCACUACAAAAGAAAGAGGUGGGCUCCGUGGGACAGAGGAUCCAGCUCGCUCCUUUAGCCGCCCAUCACAGAAUCAAUCCUUCCUCUUCUCCUGAAAUAAAAAAAGACCAAAUAACAUGCUCAAAGCCCAAAUGCGUCUCGUCUUUGAGUGAAACUAAUGAAGAUUACGAGGGAUGGAAGAGGAGGACAGGCAGAACUCAGAUGGUGAAAGGGAGCAGCUACUCCGUUCUGGGGAAGACUUCCGGGAAUGUCAUCGCCAGACCUCCCGCCGUCCAGCCGGUCCACGGCAGGGUGGACUGGAUUUCAAAGUACGGUGGAAAUCGGUAGUUGGGUGCAGGAGGUGCUUUGUCUUUGAGAAGAAGUCCAUUUGAAAAAGGGGGUCGAAUAAGGUAGAAGUACACUCAGCAAUCUAACCUCUAUGAAGACUGAACAUUAGAUGAAGUCCGGCCCCCCUGAAAAAAACCAGUGGACCCAGUGUGGCUAGAACCGCCACUGCAUACAGAGGGCCAAAAUUCCUUGUCCAAGAGCGAACGGUUGCAAAAACAGCUUAUCAAGUACUGUUUUUUUUUUUACAGCAAUGACGUUGCCUCUGUUUUUAUUCACCUUUAUAACCUGCCGGCACAAGUCUGUACUCUAAUGGCAUAUGAUAGGCAUCAAUUUACAUCAUGUAUUGGAAUUGUUUUUGUAUGUUUUAAACAAAUAAAUGAAUAAAAGCAAACUUAUAAUGAGUCUGAAAUAUC